AUGGUCCCCGUCUCCAAAAUUCCCACAGUGAGAGCAGGAAACAGACGCUUUUCCUUCCGUCCGUCACCAGAUCCUUAUUGUCAAGCUAAAUACACUUUCUGUCCAACUGGCUCGCCUAUCCCAGUUAUCAAAGCUAAUGACGUUAUUGAAGUCUUUCGGUUACAAGCCCCAGUAUGGGAAUUUAAAUAUGGAGAUCUCCUGGGACACUUGAAAAUUAUGCAUGAUGCCAUUGGAUUCAGGAGUACUUUAACUGGCAAGAACUACACAAUGGAAUGGUAUGAGCUUUUCCAGCUUGGAAACUGCACAUUUCCCCACCUUCGACCUGAAAUGAAUGCCCCUUUCUGGUGUAAUCAAGGAGCUGCCUGCUUCUUUGAAGGAAUUGAUGAUAGUCACUGGAAGGAAAAUGGGACGUUAGUUCAUGUAGCAACCAUAUCAGGAAACACGUUUAACGAAAUGGCAAAGUGGGUAAAACAGGACAAUGAAACAGGGAUUUAUUAUGAGACAUGGACCGUCCAAGCCAGCCCAGAAAAAGGGGCGGAGACAUGGUUUGAAUCCUAUGACUGUUCCAAAUUUGUAUUAAGGACAUAUACGAAGUUGGCUGAACUUGGAGCAGAGUUCAAGAAGAUAGAAACCAACUACACAAGAAUAUUUCUUUACAGUGGAGAACCUACUUAUUUGGGAAAUGAAACAUCUAUUUUUGGGCCGGCAGAAAACAAGACUCUUGCUUUAGCCAUAAGAAGAUUUUAUUACCCCUUCAAACCACAUUUGUCAACUAAAGAAUUUCUGUUGAGUCUCUUGCAGAUUUUUGAUGCAACGAUUAUACACAGACAGUUCUAUUUGUUUUAUAAUUUUGAAUAUUGGUUUUUACCUAUGAAAUUCCCUUUUAUUAAAAUAACAUAUGAAGAAAUCCCUUUACCUAACAGAAACAAAACACUCUCUGGUUUAUAAAACCUUAAUUCUUUUGCUUUUUUUCCCCUCUCUUACCACCAGCACAUCAGUUUUUUAAGGGAGUGGUUUUACAUUUGUUUCUUAAGCCUUUCCUCUUCGGGGCAGAAAGGUAAAAUGCACAUGGAUGGAAUUGCUGCAUAUUAUCUCAGGAAUUUUUUGGGAAAGAAGCUGAAACUCUUAUAAUGUUGACCAAAAUGAGCAUAUUACAUGAUCUUUAUUUCAAUCUUCAAGCCUUCGUCGAUAUGGAUAGUUUUAUCAGAUAUAUAGGCUUUUUGGACCCAACUUUUUAAAAUUGUGGAUAUGGUGUGCCAAGAUUUAAAAAUUACCUUCAGUGACAUUUUCAUGGUGGGAGUCACUUUUCUCUGGUAUGGUAGUUAUGCUUUUUCAUUUAGGUACUUUUUGAUAGUUUAGACUUUACAGCUCUUGCAACUUUCAAAACGACUAUUAAUUUGAUUUUGUUCCAUUCACUAGUAGUCACUUAAAGACUACUUUGGACACCAUAGCCAGAGUAGUUGUGCUUCCAGAUGUAGUAAAUACAGUGAUAAAGAACACAAGUUUUUGGCUAGCAUUUUAUAACCAACCAGUAACUGGCAUUGAGUGAUUAAACAUCUUAACAUCUCUGAACCUUGGUUUCCUUAUCUCUAAAAUGAUUCAUUUGUCAGGAUUGUUAACGAUUGAAGCCAUGUACGUUUGGCAUAGUAAGGUCACAAUAAAUGGUAGCUAUAACAUCUUUGAUCUUGCCUAGUGAAGUUUACGUGCCAGCCUUUCCUGGGUUUUGUAAUAACCUCAACUUGGAGCUGGCAGCACAGUGUUUCUGCAAUUCUUCAAACAUGUGGGGCAUGGUAGUAUCUGACUGCAGACUUGUCUGGGUGCUGAGGUACCCAUUGAUUCCUUCACUGCUUCUUGUAGUCCUCCCUACACCUACUAAAGCUGCCAGCUCAGUGAAAGAGGGUAAACUUCCCAGAGAGAGGACAGGAUUUUGUCAAAGAUCCCCAAGUAGCUGUGCUUUCACUAGGGCCAUCAAACAAGGUUCAAGUUCCUUUUAAGAGUUUGAUAAUCAACUGAAUCCAUGAAUACAUUGUCUCUAUUCAUGGUGGGGAGAGGGGGGCGGGAACACCAGUAAGAUGACUAAGCAGAAACCAGAGAGAAAAAACCAAUUAUAUUAGUUUCUACUAACAUUUGAGUGCUCCCUGAGAGGUUAGUACAUGAACAUUGAAUUCUCAUAAAAAGCCUAAGCAUAGGUAUUAUUUACCUGAUCUAAAUGAGUAAAUUGGGGCUUAGAAAGUUACCUUUCCACAGCUACCCAGCUAGUGGUAAUGAAGCCACGUUUGAACAAGGUUCUACUGACCAGAUGGGAUGCACUCUCAAGGAAUUUUUUCAGCGCCACUCAGUGUGGUCUUCAGACCAGUGCCUGCAUUGUAUGUUACUAACACGUUACUGGUCUGUAGGAGAUGAUAGGAAGCGUCUAGAAACUUUUAAAGCAACUUAGAAUAAUUUUGUUGAAUCUAAUAAAAAAAUUGGGGUUUGUAUUUUGUAUGUCUUUUUAAAAUUCAUUUGUGUAGGAAUUCAUUUAUUGUCUUUUGAAAAAAUAUGGGCACUACAACAGUCUGAAAAUAAAAACCCAGUCCUUUAUUCCAGAUAGCUUGAGAAACUGCACUAUUAGUGCCUACUACAGAGGUGGUUUUGCUGAAGUACAUAGGGAGAACUUGGAUCUUUGCAGUAUCGCCAUCUAGGGGCUAAAACUGGGCAAUGCCAACUUCUACAGGAUUAGGAAAAUUGCUCUGGGAAAACAAUAUUUUGGAUUUACAGAACUGCAUUAGGGUAACAAGCAAAAACUUGUGCCAAGUUUAUGUUAACUGUAAAUCACAGAACUUGGUUCCAAAGCAAAGACAAAUGAGGACAUCUGUAUAUGGAACUUGAAUUUUAAAGCAAGAUUCUAAAUAGUUAACGUUAAAAAAAGCAUUUAAGAUUUUUCAUUGUUCCUACGACUAUUAAGAAAUCUUGUGAAAGUAACAUGUAGACUCAGUUGACUAUACCACCAAGAGCACAGUGUUCAUAUGAGUACUCUUAAGAACUUAUUAAACUUGUCAACUCUACUUAGAUGAUUCAAGAAUAUGCUUUCGAAAUGGGAGCUGGGAAACCAAAACAUGGUCAGGCAGGAUGUGCCAAUUAAAUUUUGUAGACCUUUGAAUUACUGUGUAACUUAAAUGUGAUUUCUAUUUUUCUGUUAAGUUAUAAAUGUAUAAAAUUACUUCUAAGAGAAA